CGCACGAUUUUUUUUUUUGGUUUGAAUUAGUGCUAGAUAUACACUGUCCUCGAUUUUUUUUCUCCCAACAUGUGAUUGGAUUGUUUUACAUCUAUCUCAUAUGAUGAUUUUUUUUUUCGUUUUACAACUUUUAAAAUGGAAUGUAUAUCAAAGGUUUUGUUGCAAAUAAUAAUGAAUCAAAAUUUAUAAUAAAUAAUAAAAAAACAACAACAAAUUGUGAUCAGAAUCCAGUGAAUAAUGUUGUUAUCGAUAAAUUUUUUUGCCAAAAUUCUUUGGUUAUCAUUAUUGACCAAUGUCAUAUUAGCCGAUUCUUUAAUUAACGAUGAUGAUCUGAAUUCGGGUGAUAAACAACAAUCAAAAAAUAAUAGUAUUAAAUCAGAUCCGAUUGAUGUACAAAUUUUAGCUGGUGAAACGUCUUCGUUUGAUGUUUAUUUAAUUAAUCCACCCGAUAAACCGGUCGAUGUUUCAUUUGUUUGUGAACAUUCACCAUGUUCAACGUUUGAUAAUGAACUCAGUCCUAUACGAUUGAAGUAGGACAAUUAUCGAAUACGAAUCAAUAUAACGGCUGUACGUCCUGGUCAUGAUGUUAUAGUUUUUGAAUUCAACGAUACAAGCAUAAGUGAUAAAUUUGCCUUUACUCGUGUACGAGUUGGUCGUGGUCAAUUCUGGACCAUACUUAGCCUAUUUUGGGGUUGGGGAUAUUUUUUCAUUUGGUCAUUAUCAUUUUGGCCACAAAAUGUAACAAAUUUUAAACGAAAAAGUGUCAUUGGUCUUAGUUUCGAUUAUACUAUUUUACAUUUCACCGGUUUCAUCUAUUAUUCUAUAUUCAAUUGUGGCCUUUAUUUCUCAUCGGUUAUACAAGAUCAAUAUGAGCUGAAAGUUCCACGAAGUGAAAUUCCUGUUGAAUUGAAUGAUGUUGUAUAUGGAUUACAUGCCGCUUUCACUACAUCCAUUACAUUCAUACAAUGUUUCAUUUAUGAGAAAGGAAAUCAACGUUUUGCUUUAGUAUCAAAAUUAUAUCAGGCAAUCGUAUGGACCGUUGGUAUCAUAUUAAUCAUUUUGGUCGGAUUCAACGUAAUCAAUUGGCUAACAUGGAUAUAUUAUUUUUCAUAUGUUAAAUUAAGUGUAACUUCAUUGAAAUAUUUACCACAAGUUUAUUUUAAUUUUCGUCGAAAAUCAACUGCUGGUUGGACUAUAUGGAUGAUUUGGUUGGAUAUAACAGGUGGUUCAUUUUCAAUGUUACAAAUGUUAACUAUAGCAUAUAAUUAUGAUGAUUGGCGUACAUUAGUGGGUAAUCUACCAAAAUUUGGUCUUGGUCUUGCAUCGGUUGUAUAUGAUCUAAUCUUUCUAAUACAACAUUAUAUUCUUUAUAGAAAUUCUACACCAUCGUCGUCUGAUUCAUCGUUGGAAAAAUGUUCAAAUAUUAAAACAUCGACACCGACAUUGAAUAGUAAUCUUUGUAAUAAUGAUAAUGAUGAUUCAACAGCGAUUAUUGUCAUCGAAUCAAAACCAUCGACUAACACAUCGAUCAACACUAGUUAGUUUCAUUUCAAAUUUUAAUAGGCCAUUUGUGUGUGUGUGUAAAUAAAAAAAUUGUGAAUUUUUUUAAAAUUCAAUAAAAAUGAAAUUUUUUCCCCCCCAUCUAAUGCAUGUAUGUUUAGACCAAUUAUCACAAGGAAUCGAUGUAAUGGUGAUCAAUCAAUCAAUCAAUCAAUUA